CCCCCCCGCGCUCCCCGAGGCCUGCGGCCGAGCUCGCCCCCCGCCCAGGGGGCAGGGGCCCCGACGGGGGGGUCGCAGCCCCCGGACACCUGAGCAGGCGGGACCCCCUCGGAGAGGCCACGAUGGGCAGCGCCGAGGACGACCUGAUCGGGAUCCCCUUCCCGGAGCACAGCAGCGAGCUCCUCAGCCGCCUGAACGAGCAGCGGCAGCUGGGCCAGCUGUGCGACCUGACCAUCCGCACCCAGGGCCUGGAGUACCGCACCCACCGCGCCGUGCUGGCCGCCUGCAGCCACUACUUCAAGAAGCUCUUCGCCGCGGCCGCCGCCACGGGGGCCGAGCCCGGGGCCGCCCCGACGGGCCCGGCGGCGGCCGGGGGCGGCGGCGCGGGGCCCGGCGGCUGCGGGGGCGGCGUGUGCGAGCUGGACUUCGUGGGGCCCGAGGCGCUGGGCGCCCUGCUGGAGUUCGCCUACACGGCCACGCUGACCACCAGCAGCGCCAACAUGCCCGCCGUGCUGCGGGCCGCCCAGCUGCUGGAGAUCCCCUGCGUCAUCGCCGCCUGCGUGGAGAUCCUGCAGGGCAGCGGGCUGGAGGCCCCCGGGCUGGACGCGGACGACUCGGAGCGGGCCCAGCGCUACCUCGAGGCCUUCGGCGCCGCCGCCGCCCUGGCCAACGGCGUGGGCCCCUCGGGCAGCCCCCCGCCCCCGCCGCCGGGGCCCCCGCCGCCGGGGCCCCCGCCGGCCGCGGCCCGCCCGGUGGUCCGCCGCAGCCGCAAGCCCCGCAAGGCCUUCCUGCAGACCAAGGCCGCCCGCGCCCACGCCGACCGCCUGGCGGCCGAGCUCCCCGCCCGCCCGCCGUUCCCCUUCCCCGAGGAGGAGGCGGCGGGCCCGGGGGUCCCCGCGGACGGCGGCAGCCCCCCCGGAGGCGGCGGCGGCGGGUCGCCCCCGCCCGACGGGCGGCUGGCCUUCGAGGCCUUCGAGGGCCGGGGGCCCGGGGGCGGCGGCGGCCCGGUCGGGGGGGAGGAGGAGGAGGACGAGGAGGAGGCCGCCUACCGGGGGGGCCCCUACGGCGGGCCGGGCGUCCCCGGCGUCCCGCUGUCGCCCGAGGAGCUGGGCUCGGACGAGGACGCCAUCGACGCCGACCUCAUGGCCUACCUGAGCUCCCUGCACCAGGAGGCCCUGGCCCCCGGGGCGCUCGACGGGCCCGACAAGCUGGUCCGUAAGCGGCGCUCCCAGAUGCCCCAGGAGUGCCCCGUCUGCCACAAGAUCAUCCACGGGGCCGGCAAGCUCCCCCGACACAUGCGCACCCACACGGGAGAGAAACCUUUCGCCUGCGAGGUCUGCGGGGUCCGCUUCACCAGGAACGACAAGCUAAAGAUCCACAUGCGCAAGCACACGGGCGAGCGCCCCUACUCGUGCCCGCACUGCCCCGCCCGCUUCCUGCACAGCUACGACCUCAAGAACCACAUGCACCUGCACACGGGCGACCGCCCCUUCGAGUGCCACCUGUGCCACAAGGCCUUCGCCAAGGAGGACCACCUGCAGCGCCACCUCAAGGGACAGAACUGCCUGGAGGUCCGCACCCGCCGCCGCCGCAAGGACGAGGCCCCGGCCCCGCGCUACCCGCCCCGCCCGCCCCACCCGCCCCCGGCCCCCUCGGCCGCCGCCGCCGUCGCCGCCGCCGCCGCCGGCCUCGACCUCUCCAACGGCCACCUCGACGACAUCCGCCUCUCGCUGGCCCGCUUCUGGGACGGGCCGCCCGCCCGGGGCCCCGCCGCCCCCGCCGCCCCGGCCCCCGCCGACGAGGACGACGACGAGGACGACGACGACGACGAGGACGACGAGGAGCGGGCCGAGGGGGCCGCGGGCCCCGACCCCGCCGCGGCCCUGGGCUCCUCCUAAGGGACCGGCGGGAGCCCCCCCGGCCGGGCCGGACGGACCCCGGCC